UCCUCGAGGGCGGAGAGAGGUGGCAUUUGAGUCCUCCGGUAUCCCAGCAGGCAGUGCAACCCAGAGACGCUGACAAAGGAGCGGAGGAGCAGUCGCAGCUGCUUUCCGAGGAGCCGGUGUUGCCGAGGGGGCUGUUAUAUUUAACUUCAUUUUCUGAAAACAUAAAACAAUUAAGACACUCCAGGAAGCUACCCCACCCCCUCAUAGCUCAAUAAAAUUGCCAAAAUGCUUUGGAGGUUUUAACUGAAUCUAAGAAAAGUCCAAAAUAGAUUUGAGACUGUAAAAACAGAAGCUGCAGCAAGGGGGACUCAGUGCCAAUGCAUCAACAAAAAAGACAACCAGAGUUAGUGGAAGGAAAUCUUCCUGUUUUUGUGUUUCCCACGGAGCUAAUAUUUUAUGCAGAUGACCAGUCAACACAUAAGCAAGUGCUGACUCUGUACAAUCCCUAUGAGUUUGCCUUAAAGUUCAAAGUUUUGUGUACUACUCCAAAUAAGUAUGUUGUCGUUGACGCUGCAGGUGCAGUAAAGCCUCAGUGUUGUGUGGAUAUUGUGAUUCGUCAUAGAGAUGUUCGAUCCUGUCACUAUGGUGUAAUAGACAAAUUUCGUCUCCAAGUUUCCGAGCAAAGCCAGAGGAAGGCUUUAGGAAGGAAAGAGGUUGUUGCUACUCUUCGCCCAUCUGCAAAAGAACAACAAAAGGAAGACGAGGAAAAAAGAAUAAAGGAACAUUUAACCGAAAGUUUAUUUUUCGAGCAGUCAUUUCAAGCAGGGUGUGUGAACUCACUGGAGAGAGACAGAGAGAGGGAAGAAAGCAGGACUGUCUCCUCAGGACCUAGUUUACUAACUGUCUUCCUGGGAGUGGUGUGCAUCGCAGCCCUGAUGCUGCCUACGCUGGGGGAUGUGGAAUCGCUGGUGCCUCUCUACCUCCACUUAAGUGUGAAUCAAAAAUUAGUCGCUGCUUAUAUCUUAGGUCUUAUCACAAUGGCUAUACUUAGAACAUGAACAAAGAUUGCAAUUGACUUCCGAAGUAAAUUUAUCUUGAAAAUAUGAA